AUGAGACAAAAGAGAUCGAAAUCCUACAGAAAGCAGAUGCUUGUAUACAACCAUGCGUUCAAGUUCCGUGCUCCGUACCAAAUUAUUGUGGACCAUGAAAUUGUUGAAGUGGCUGAUCACUCAGGGAUUGAUUUAGUGAAAUAUCUUAAAAACACGGUGCAAGAUGAAGUAAAACCAAUGAUAACCCAAUGUUGCAUGCAGAAGCUCUAUGAAUCCAAGAAUCAGUCGGCGAUCUCCCUUGCCAAAAACUUUGAGCGUAGAAGAUGCGGGCACAAGGACCAGGCAAUUGAUCCUUACGAUUGUAUUGACAGUAUCAUUGACAUCAAAGGCCAGAACAAGCAUAGAUAUGUAGUGUGUACUCAGAGCAUUGAUCUUAGACGCAAACUCCGUCAUAUCCCGGGGGUGCCAUUGCUUUACAUGAAUAGAUCGGUGAUGAUCAUGGAACCAUUGAGUAAUUCGAGUGAUGCUAAGCAAAAACAGUUCGAGCAAUCGAAAUUGAGUGGUGGCUUGAAUGACAUCAAGGCAGGAAAGCUUGUCAAGGGAGGAAACUCCACAGGGGAAGCAGAAAAAGAAAAAGCCGGAGCAAAGAGGAAAAGAGGUCCAAAAGAACCUAAUCCUUUGAGUAUGAAAAAGAAGAAGCCUACAGCUGGUGAUAAUAAGCAAGAAGAAGGCCCAAAAAAGAAGAGAAGAAGAAAGCAUGGGAACAAAAAUUCUGAGGAUAAGCAAGAUGAUGGUGCUGAGGAUAAUACAGAUAAUGGAGCUCAGCCUAGUGAGAAUCUCGAGGAAAAUCAGUCAGAAGAAAAGGGUACUAGAGACGAAUUAGAAGUUGGUAAUGAUUCUGAUUGA